GGGGAUUGGAGCACCUGAAUCACAUGAUUGGGAGGGGAUUGGAGCACCUGAAUCACAUGAUUGGGAGGGGAUUGGAACACCUGAAUCACAUGAUUGGGAGGGGAUUGGAACACCUGAAUCACAUGAUAUGGAGGGGAUUGGAACACCUGAAUCACAUGAUUGGGAGGGGAUUGGAACACCUGAAUCACAUGAUUGGGAGGGGAUUGGAACACCUGAAUCACAUGAUUUGGAGGGGAUUGGAACACCUGAAUCACAUGAUAUGGAGGGGAUUGGAACACCUGAAUCACAUGAUAUGGAGGGGAUUGGAACACCUGAAUCACAUGAUUGGGAGGGGAUUGGAACACCUGAAUCGCAUGAUUGGGAGGGGAUUGGAACACCUGAAUCACAUGAUUUGGAGG